GUGUAAACCGUGGGCAUUGUGGACAUUUUUUGUUUUGUUUUGUUGCCCUGCCGAUGUGCGGUUCUGGUUUUGAGUCGAUCACCGAACGCAGGAGGAUGUGACAGGUCGGAAUCGGUUGAUUUAGAUCUGGGUCGGUACUGAGACUUGAAAACAAGGAACUGACCAUACUACUAUUAGCCAGGAGAACUGAAAACCGCGAAAGUUCCGUGUUUCAAGAGGACGCAGUCAGCAUGAUUGAGGUAGUGGCCACCCUGUCUCGUGGCCCAGUCUUCCUGGCAGGAGAGACGCUGGAGUGUCUCAUCACCUUCACCAACCCCCUCUCCCACCGCUCCACAUCCGCGACCAGUGAGAUGCUGGCCUGGGCGAGCGCUCAGAUCCUCUGCCAGUUUCACGGCAGCGAGAACCGGGUGGCACUGCCGUCUGAGGGGCCCAAACAGGACGUGCAGGCAAAGAGCGACACCGUGCUCGUCCCCAACAGAGGGGAGCGGGGGCAGUGCAUGCUUUCAACUCCUCCAAAGAUUCUGUUCUGUGACCUAAGACUGGACCCAGGAGAGUCCAAAUCCUACUCGUACUGUGAAACUGUGCCGCUGGAUGCCCCACCCACAUUCCGCGGUCAGUCUGUGAAGUACGUCUACAAGCUGACAAUUGGCUGCCAACGCGUCAACUCUCCAAUCAAACUGCUGCGGGUCCCCUUCAGGGUGCUAGUGGUGCACGGUCUGGAGGACCCCCCAUUCCCCAGAGACGAGGUGGUGGCCCCUUCAAACCCCUUCCUGGAGGAGGAAGAAGGGGUGAAGAAGGACUCACGCCUGCUGGAGAUCGCCACAGAGAUGCUCAUGAUGACCACAUCACGCCGCAGCCAGCACCUGUUCAACAUCACUAAUGUACGAGGGAAGGUGGGGAAAUUCUGCAUUUUCAAGAUGGUGUACAGGAUCGGAGAGGACAUUGUGGGGACCUUUGACUUCUCCGAGGGAGACAUCCCCUGUCUCCAGUUCUCAGUUAGCCUGCAGAGUGAGGAACACGUCGAGGAGCAAUACCAGCGGCGGCCAGGCCAGCCCGCCUCUCUGACCGCACACACCCGGCACCAGGAGUCCUGCCUGCACACCGCGGCCACGCACUUCUGCUUGCCCAUCCCUCUGAGUGCCACGCCUGGGUUCAACACUGACAUCGUGUCUCUGAGAUGGCGUCUUCACUUCGAGUUUGUUACAGCCCGAGACCCUGUGGAACCGCCCACCGUCCCUGAGAACCAAUCGGAGGUCAUCACCUGGACGGGGGCGGAUCACAUCGAUGUGGACACCUUCAGCUGGGACUUGCCCAUCAAGGUGCUGCCCACCAAUCCUGUGCUAGCUUCCUAUGUCACGCAGUUUCCAGGGUCCAAUUCCAUCACCAUCUGAACCUGAGUGGAAUUCUUUCAGACCCCCAGUGCAAAGUUCUCUGAAGUAUAUUGUACUGAAUGUGCUGGCCUUCAAACCCCCAGUGCAAAGUUCUCUUAAAUAUAUUGUACUGAAUGUGCUGGCUCUCAGAUCCCCAGUACAGUACAGUUCUCUAUACUAGACUGUAUUGAAUUAGCUGGCUGUCAGAUCCCCACUAAAGUACUGUUUUCUAUACCAGACUGUAUUGCAUGAGCUGUCUCUCUGAUCCCCAGUACAGUAAUGAUUUUUCUAUUUUGUGUUGAAUUUGCUGGCUCUCAGAUCCCCAGUACAGUACUGUGUUCUCUGUACAGAACUUUAUUGAAUUUGCUGGCUUUAUGAUCUCUCUAUCUGACUGUAAGACCACAGUUUUAUAUUCCUACAUAUUCUGUUGAUUUUUAAAGUGUAUUUAAGUGCAUUUAACAGCUGUACUACAUUACAGACUUACAAGCAGUGUCGUGUUCCUAACGAUUUUAUUGUAUAUGAAAUAACUUUGUUAGGAAUUUUUAAUGUGAGGUUCCUGUCGUUAAUCAUGUAGGUGGUCUGGAGUGUAUGUGAAUGGCAGUGAAAGCUUGUCCUUAAUUUAUGGUUUAAUAAAUUGCAGCAGAGACUAACCAAACAAUUAAAGCUUCACUUAAUAAUAAAAAAAACUUCAUA